AUGUCGGCUCAACUACUUGAUGUUGCUUCAAAAUAUUCACUCUACAGCGGUUCUAUUAUAUGUUCAUUAGGCAUUGUCGGUAAUUUAAUAAAUAUUCUUGUUUUUACUCAAUUAAAACUUUUUCGGAACAAUCGAUGUGCUUUUUAUUUAACUGUGGAAUCUAUUUCCAACAUUUUUUAUCUCCUCUACUCAAUUACUAUAAGUAUUUUAAUAUCAAUAUAUGGAGAUGAUGGGACAGGACGGUUUCUUAUCUGGUGUAAACUUAGAUAUAUCAUUGCUCAAACAUUUGCUCUCACUACAUUUACUAUGAUAUGUUGUACUACUGUUGAUGAAUAUUUUUCGACGAAUUAUCUUUAUAAUCUAAGAUAUAUGUGUACACUGAAAUUAGCUCGAUAUCUUGCAUUUGUUUUUAUUUGUAUUUGGACUUGUCAUAGUGUUAUACUUGGCCUCUUUUUCAAUAUUGUACCAUCUGGUGGAUGUGCUAUAUCAAAUCAAAUCUAUUUCCAAUAUACAACAUACUUUACAUAUCCAGUUUUAACUGGUCUUUUACCAAUCGUAAUUUCAUUAUUGUUCAGUUUAUUAGCUUAUCAAAAUGUUCGUCGAAUAGUUCGUCGACAAUUACCUAUUGUUCGUCGUCGAUUAGAUCGACAAAUAACAGCAAUGUGUUUUAUACGUGUCAUAGCUUAUGGUUGUCUGGCAACACCUUAUGUUAGUUAUCGAGUCUAUGCACUUAAUUAUCCUAUUUCACGAAGUGAACCAUUAAAAUUUGCAAUCGGGCAAUUAGUUCAAGUUAUUUUUACCUCUCUUGCUUCUUUAAACUUUGCGAUCAGUUUUUAUCUUUUUAUUAUAUCAUCAUCACAUUUUCGUCACCAAGUAAAAUUUGUGUUAGUAAAAAAAUGUUGGAACCGAUGGAAAUAUUUAUGUUGUUUUGGAAAUAUUCAAAUUAAUCCGGAAAAUAUAGAACCAAACAAUUCGAAUAUAGAACCUGAAGAUAUUAAUUAA